AUGAAUUUAUCUUUAACUAUUUCAGGCAGCGAUCCUAAAACUAAAAUAUCAUAUCUUCCUUGGAAUAACCCAGAUAACAUUUUAAGCUAUCAAGCCUAUACAGACACAGUGUUUCAUUAUAACAACAUAUUGAAACCUUUAGUUAUAAGUGUGGGCGUGUCCACCAACAUCAUCAACUGUGUGGUGUUCACUCGCCAAGGACUGAGAGACCGCAUGAACCUCUGUCUCUUUGUCCUGGCGCUGGUAGACAUGACCUACCUGGCCUACUCUCUCAUAUUUACUCUCGCCUUCUGGAUUAGAUUGCUGGAGCCGAUACUAGGUGAGGAGGUGUAUCAGAAGACCUACUAUUAUGCUACAGGUGCCAAUUUCGGGUUUAGAGAGACCUCGGCCUGCAUCAGUGUAUUAAUUGCUGUAGAGCGCUGUGUGUGUGUAGUCUUUCCUCUCCGGGCCAACAAUCUCAUGAGCACCAGAACCAUGGGCAUCCUGCUUGUUGCCAUAGUGAUUGGCAUGCAGCUAGCGUUCGUUACGACACCUAUUAAAAGGUAUGUGCUUCCUACCUACGACAACAUCACGGGCGAGACGAGGUGGAGGAUGGUUCCGUCAGCUGCCUGGCAGAACAGCGAAGGUCUUCUCCGCUAUGAUGUCAUCGAGGACACGAUCAUGAUGGUCAUCUUUCCCCUGGCAACCUUCAUCCUGGUGUCGGGGGCAACAGCCAUCACGGUUGUCAAGCUGAGAGCCGCCAUGUCGUGGAGGGAGAAGACCAGCUCAACCAGUAGUGAUGCUCAGGUCCAGCAGGUGGCGCUGACCAAGAUGCUUGUCCUCGUCUCGUGCAUCUUCAUCGCCAGCAAAGUGCCGUGGAUCGCACUCACUGUGGCUCGCAUUUUCUAUCCCGACUUCUCUCCUUCUGGUCGUCAGUCCAACGUGUUCCGGGUGGCAGAGCUGAUUGCCUUUUACUUCCCUUACGUCCACAGCGCCGUCAACUUCUUCAUCUACAUCUCGCGAUCCUCGAGAUACAAGUCUGAGCUGCGGGCCAUCUGUAACUGUCCUUAUAACGGUUAUUUUCACAAGGGGUCUGUAUAG